UUUUUCACAAUUAUUCGUGACGUCGCGAUCUGUUUAUAUUAUCGUAUUACAUAUUGCAAUAUGAUGUAAGUUUGUUUCGGAUCAGUGAAUGAAUUAAAAAAGUAAGAAAUGGAGUUGUGGGAUUUCAUUCGCAAUAUACUUGGUAGGCGAAGAUCAGAAAAAUUUAAUAAUGGAUUUGACGAUUAUCAAAAUAAUUAUGGAGGAGAUAAUUUUCAAAACUCAAUAUCUCAAAUUGAUAUUCAUGAUGAUAGCAGUAGAUUUUUUGAGGGAGUCGGUCACUUUAACAUCUUCAGUGAUCCAUUAGAAAUAACAAGAUAUUUUGAGUCUCAGAUAGAAAAUAUAAUGAUGAAUUUUAUUUAUGGAUUUAAUAAUGAAGGUAAUGAUGCAAAUACAAACGUAUUUUCAUUUAUACCCUCACAGAGAAAAUCUUUACGUGAUAACAUGUUGAAACCAAAUAAUGAUCAGAUGGAAUUAAAAUUAGAUACAGAUUUAGAUGGAAAAGUUAAUAUAGAUAAUUUUUCCAAUGUUUGGGGUGAGUCUGACAAGCCACAACUUAAAGUAGCACGACCUUCCAUAAUUGGAAGAUCUAUCAGGAAAGAAUAUGUUCGUAAACCUGAUGGAACAAUAGAACAAAAACAAGUUAUUAAAGAUCAUGAAGGAAAUGAGGAAACUAUUAUAUCACACCAAAUUGGUGACAAAAUUCAUACUAUUCUUACAAAAAUAGACAAAAAUGGAGUGGAAACCAAAAUAGAAGAUAUUUCUGAUAUAAGUAACUGUGAUUUAUUGGAAAAAAAGAAGUUACCGAAUGAAACAGAUAGUUUUCCUAAUAUUCAUUUCAAUUUCUUUUCCUGGGAAAGAUUGUUUAAACCCAAUCCGAAAUUAUGAUCAAGUAGUAUUUAAAUAAAAGUUAUCUAUAGUAAGAAUGUAUAAAUGAUUAAUGGAAUGAUAAAUAAUGCAUUGUUGUCAAGUAAUUUAAAUUUGAGAUGUAUGUAAUAUGUAAUAAAUUUACUUCAAUAUAAUAUA